GUUGAAUAUGGACCGAGGUCAGGGGUCAGUGUGUUGAGUACGGCCGACGUCACAGGUGGAUUUGAGUCCCAGGUACCAGGAAGAAGCUUGUUCUACUCAUUUCUAAUUUUACAGCUUGUUUUGUUCUUGACUGACAAUAUGCGAGGAGGCGAUUUGCUGGACAGUACCACCCCACGGCCCGGAUUGCGAUGGAAGAGUUGGAUCAAGAGUCCCAAAGUUUUGGGGUUUGCGUCUUCCGCAUUCUUCCUCGUUUUUGUGAACUACCUUCACUUCGGAGUGGUUCUGAAAACGUGGUCUCCUCAGAAACCCCCCGUGGACCGGGAGAGUUGCACCUGCCCGUGUUGGGAUACCAUCUUCAAGGGGACGUACCAGAUGGGAAUCAGCGGCUACAAACACAUGUACUUCAACAUCACCCCGCAGGCGCUAAAGAUGUGGACCCUGACUGUAGUCACCAUCCUGAUGGUACACGAAUGUAUCUGUUACAUCAUCCGCAUCUUUCUGAACAGUAAAAUCAGGACGUCCAUGCUCCUGCUGCUAGUCUCUGUCGUCCACUCACACUACUACUCGUGGUGGGUUCUGUGGGGGUACUACAACGACGAUUUCUACGCGCAGUGGCCGCAUCAGAUGUUCUUCACCCUUACGGAGCUGAUGUCGACAGUUCUGGUGCUGUGGCAGCUGGAUGAAGCAACCCCCUUGUCCCCGCGACUGACGCUCGUCAUCGCUGACAUCGCCCUCUUGCACAUCCUGGCCGGGGGAAUCGACCAGUUCGUCCUCAACGUGAUCUUCGGGCUAGGGGAGCGUCAUCAAGUGCUCAGAGACCUCGCCUUUAUGUCGUCUGAUAUCAUAUAUCUGAUAGUGGCGUGCAUAGAGUUAGCGCGCUUAUCUUGCGGCAACGGAAUGACUUUAUCGCUUCUGUGGAAAUCACUAAAGUGGGAUCUGCUGUACUCCGGUCUUGUUAUAUCGGCCCUGCUCGUGUUUUUAUCGCUCCUCUGACGUAUGCUGCACUUGUAUCUUGUGAUAUGCUAUCUUAGUGACUUCCGUAGAGUUAAUACCAGCUGAGCUGUAAAGGAAGACAUGUCAGAGGCGUUAUGCCGACUGUAGCACGUUGUACAAGUAUUUUUUAAUUUCAAUUUCUGAAGAAUUUUACUGUCACGUGACAGAAAAGGCACUAGGCUCUCUUUUCACAAUUAUGGUCAGCUGGACCAGGCCCAUCGUCUACCGGGAAGGAGGCCGAUGAAGAAUUUUAUUAUACAGUAUAUAGGGGUUGUAGAGAUGUAUGUACAUAAACCGCUCAUGCAUAUUCAGCACUGUAAAGGCGUAACAUUGUUCACAGUUGGAGCUGCAUAUCUCACCAUGUUGUAACAAUAUACAUAUGUAUGUCACAAUUACUUUACGUUUGAGACUGUAUUGUUAGCAGUAACAUCAGUGCACAGUCAACCAGUAACAUUUAAGCUUAAUUCAGCUCACAGUGAACCAGUCUCAAUUGCCCUUUGGAAGAUGACAGGUGGUCAUCGAACUGCGAGCGAAACUUCGGGUCUUGUUAAACAAGUGGUUGUGAAUAAAGAACACUGCUAUCAUUUGCCAAAGUCAUACUGAAUCAGGUUUAAACUGUUAUUCCCAAGACAAGACAUUGGACUUACACAAAUUUACUACUGUACCGUGAACUCAAGUCUUUGUCAAGGAUUGUGAGAUCGGUGAUGUCACGCGUGUACCAUUCGCAAUACUAUACUCCCGUGUACCUAUUUAUUUUUAAAGAGAGUUAGAGUUAGAUGAAUUAUAGUAUAUAGUAGCUGUUUGUUUUGUUUUUCUUCUUAUACAAUUCCCUAUGUACUACUAGUAACUAGUAUCAUCCAAUAUGUUAUAUCAUCCAGUGCAUUUAGCCCGGAAGGG